GUUUUGGUCAUAGAGGACAAGCUGCAAGGUGAAGCCGGUCAAUCACAAUCAGGGUGGUCAGGGCACAACCAUUUACAUUUACAGUCUCCACUUCAUCUAGCAUGCAUGUUUUUGUGUGUGGGAGGAAACAUGGAGUAUCCAGGGUAAAUCCCAUGCAAGCAUGGAGAAAAUAUGCAUACUCCAAAUGCAAAGGACAGAAGUAACCCUGCUAACCUCAUGCAAAGCAUUUUAUAUCCAUGCUGUAACCAUGUAGCAACAGGCACAUCCAUGAUAACAUGUACUACUUACAGUAUUUUGCCGUAUUUUCCUUGUUCUAAGCAUUCCCGGGUGCAUCGAUUUCACAUAGCAACAUAGAAACAAACACCUACACCUCGUGUUAACUUUCCAAUAGAAACAUUCUUAGACAGACUCGACCUUCCAACACUCUCAUCUGAUCGGGCACAUGUUGGACACACCACUUACCACGAAUGAAAUGUACAAAUCUAUAAAUAAAAUACCAAACAACAAAUCACCAGGACCAGACGGAUUACCAGCAGAGUUUUAGAAACUAUUCUGGUAUGCCUUUUCACCCGUACUAUUCAGAGUAAUUGAAGAAAUCAAAACAACUUCCACAAUUCCACCAUAUACGUAUGAACACAGCCAUUAUCACUGGAUCACAAUGGAUCACCUCACCAAGAGCCAUAGUAACCACCAAUGGGAUCACCUCACCUAGAGCCAUAGUAACCACCAAUGGAUCACCUCACCUAGAGCCAUAGUAACCCCCAAUGAAUCACCUCACCUAGAGCCAUAGUAACUACCAAUGGAUCACCUCACUUAGAACCAUAGUAACUACCAAUGAGAUCACCUCACCUAGAGCCAUAGUAACCACCAAUGGAUCACCUCACCUAGAGCCAUAGUAACCCCCAAUGAAUCACCUCACCUAGAGCCAUAGUAACUACCAAUGGAUCACCUCACUUAGAACCAUAGUAACUACCAAUGAGAUCACCUCACCUAGAGCCAUAGUAACCACCAAUGGGAUCACCUCACCUAGAACCAUAGUAACCCCCAAUGAAUCACCUCACCUAGAGCCAUAGUAACUACCAAUGUAUCACCUCACCUAGAGCCAUGGUAACUACCAAUGUAUCACCUCACUUAGAACCAUAGUAACUACCAAUGGGAUCACCUCACCUAGAGCCAUAGUAACCACCAAUGGGAUCACCUCACCUAGAGCCACAGUAACCACCAAUGGAUCACCUCACCUAGAGCCAUAGAAACCACCAAUGUAACCACCAAUGGGAUCACCUCACCAAGAGCCAAAGUAACCACCAAUAGGAUCACCUCACCUAGAAGCAUAGUAACCACCAAUGGAUCACCUCACCUAGAGCCAUAGUAACCACCAAUGGGAUCACCUCACCUAGAGCAACAGUAACCACCAAUGGGAUCACCUCACCUAGAGCAACAGUAACCACCAAUGGAUCACCUCACCUAGAGCCAUAGAAACCACCAAUGGAUCACCUCAUCGAGAGCCAUAGUAACCACCAAUGGAUCACCUCAUCGAGCCAUAUAAACCACCAAUGGAUCACCUCACCUAGAACCAUAGUAACCACCAAUGGGAUCACCUCACCUAGAACCAUAGUAACUCCCAAUGGGAUCACCUCACAUAGAGCCAUAGUAACCACCAAUGGGAUCACCUCACACAAUAAACUGGUCCAAAUCUAAAUUACUCCCACUAAGCCAAGACUCAUGGGACCCCAUAGCCCAAGCAUCCUUCCCUCUCCUGCAAAUAGGAAGUAUAAAAUACUUGGGUAUUAGUAUUUCCUCCAGGCUCUCAGGGCUCUUUUAUUUGAAUUACACUCCAUUACUCAAGAAAAUCUCCCACUACAACUAACUUGACAUGACUCAACUGCACUUUGAGUUAUCACUUGUAGUGAAAGCGGAAUUGAAAGCUAAUUGAAAAGCGCUAACGUAGCACCGCCGGUGUGAUGGAGCUCAAGAGAAGAUGGACAUGUGGCAACCUCACCUGCCCGAGGAAGAGAGCUCAUUUUGGGAUACACUUUGUCAGAGGCGCCGUUGGAGCUCAGAAGCCGGACGUGAGGGCGCCGCGUGGACGUACAGUAUGUCCGACAUUAAUUAAUUAAUGCACUUUUCCCAGCGAAGGCGCACCACUUCUGGCUCUAGCAAAACAUAUUUGACAGAUAUUUCAUAUUCAUGUUCACAAAACCAGUCCCGUGUGAAAUGCUGGGAAUCACCAAAUACAAUAAUUACUGCCUUCUGCUUGCUUCGUAAACAGUAGCAGAGCUUGGGGGAGGACAGAGAGCUUAUCUGGCUUACAGCCAUGCCCAUAUAAGGAGGUCUGCUCCUCUGUGACAUCACAAAGUGGAAGUUUUACCAUGCCUUCUGAAACUGAGCGUUUUGAGCCAUCCCAAGCUUCUUUCAGGGCUCACUUCCAAAUGUGCAAACCUCAUUAUCUGAAACUUUGGCAUCGUUUAACACGAGAACACAACAUUCUAACUACAUUUAUAGGUCAAAAGGGUGGAAAAAACAUAUAGGUCAUGUGACAGUCGUGACUAUUCUAGAAUAUAUGGCUUUUCCAAAAUGUCAGGUAAGCUAGCUCAUUUCAAAAGCUUAUUUUUUUUGCCAAUAACGGUAAUUUCAAACCCAUUUAACAAUUCUAAUGGUUUAAUGUUGUUAUAUUUAUAUAUUACAGUUGAACUAUAUUUUUUAAAUGAACAUAGGACAAGCAACGAAGGUAUGUCACAUUAAACUGCAAUGCUAUGCUAUUUUUUAAGAAAUGGGUCUGUAGGGCAUGAGGUUAAACAUGUAUUGACGUUUUAAUGUGCUGCUUUCCACCCCCCAGGAUCGACCCACCCCCUUCGCGAAUGCUGGAACCAGACAUCUCAUCAGUGCACUUGAGCGGGACAGGGAGAUGGUAGUUGGGAGGGGAACCGGUGGAUGGAGGCAGCGAACUGAACUUGGACGUGGCUUUUGGGAAGUCCGCCUUGGAGGAGGGGGGUAAUGAAAGGAAGUGAUUUAGCAUGCAGUAUAUCUGGGACAGGUAUACUUACAUGUCAUCAUGUAAAAUAGUCGUGUCUACUCAAUGUGACAUUUGAAAUGGCGCCUGGUGCCGGGGUGUUUUGUAUUGAACGCUAGCCGAUAACGUGCUCGUGGUCCCGGCUACGAGGCUGGCUUUUCUUCUGGGUUGGUUCGACUUGAUGGAUGAGCCGCUCGGCUGGGAAUAAACGGGAGCCAACAUGUACGCUGGACGCAAGAGAAGAAAACCGGUUCAGAAAGGAGCCAAAUUGAUCCCGGCUGAAGGGGCCAAGUCCAACCCAUCCAAACGUCACCGUGAUCGUCUGAACAUGGAGCUGGACAGGCUGGCCAGGUUGCUUCCCUUCCCUGAGGAUGUCAUCUCCAGCUUGGACAAACUGUCCAUCCUGAGGCUCAGUGUCAGCUACCUCCGCACUAAGGGCUUCUUCUCAGUGGCGUUGAAAAGAUGUCCAUCUAAUGUUGACCACCAUGGUGAUAAGGUGUCGGAACAUACAGCAAGCUGCAUGUCUGAGGGGGAACUGCUGCUUCAGGCUUUGAGUGGCUUUGUCCUGGUGAUCACAUCUGAGGGAAUCAUCUUUUACUGCUCUCAAACCAUCCAGGAUUACCUAGGCUUCCAUCAGACGGAUGUGAUGCAUCAGAGUGUGUUUGAGCUGAUCCACACAGAAGACCAGCAAGAGUUCAGAAGGAACCUGCACUGGUCGCUCAACCUUCCCAGCACUGAAUCCUCUUUGGAGGCUGUAGCAGCUGAUGCCGAACCAACUUCCUACAACCCUGAUGAGCUUCCACCCGAAAAUUCAUCCUUCUUGGAGAGAAGCUUUGUCUGCCGCUUCCGCUGUCUACUGGACAAUUCCACAGGCUUCUUGGCACUGAGCAUCCAGGGUCGACUGAAGUUUCUUCGUGGUCAGAGCCAUCUGCAGCACGGCAAUGAGCGCACCCGGUUUCAGCUGGCUUUGUUCGCCAUUGCUACUCCCCUGAAGCCCCCCGCCAUCUUGGAAAUCCGAACAAAGAACAUGAUCUUCAGGACCAAACACAAGCUUGACUUCACUCCCAUGGCCUGUGAUGCAAAGGGGAAAAUUGUGCUGGGUUACACUGAGGCAGAGCUGCGUGUUCGAGGCUCGGGUUACCAGUUCAUCCAUGCUGCUGACAUGCUGUACUGUGCUGAGAAUCAUGUCAGAAUGAUAAAGACUGGAGAGAGCGGCCUCACCGUCUUCCGGUUACUCACCAAGGACAACAGGUGGAAGUGGGUCCAAGCCAACGCCCGCCUCGUCUACAAGAAUGGCAAACCGGACUACAUCAUUGCGACACAGAGGCCCCUGGUUGAAGAGGAAGGAGGGGAACAUCUGAGGAAACGCUCCAUGCACCUUCCUUUCACCUUUGCUACAGGGGAGGCACUUCUUUACCAGACCGGUUACCCACUCUAUGGAUUUCCAGAGCCUGUGCACGACAAUGCCAAAGCCAACAAGUCUAAAAAGGGGAAAAUGGACAAGAAGGGCUCGGAGCAUCAACACCCAAAGUCUUUGCUGGAAGUGAUGAUGAGCCAAGAUGAGUCUGUUUACUGCCAGCCAGAAUCUGAGGCUCCCAACUCUUACCAUUGGAGUACUUUCAACGACCAGCAAGGUGAGACUCCUCAAUGUGGGGACAGCUGGCAGAUGCUUGCUAAUAGAGAGGCGGUGAAAUCCAAUGGCAGAGUGUCCACGUGUGAGCCACUGCUGGCAACCCUCGACUCUCUAUCUCUGGAUGGAGAGGAGACCUGCUCCAACAUUGAACUCUUUAGUGCUUUGGAGAACCUGGGCCUGAACGCUGAAGACUUGGAACUUUUGCUAUUGGAUGAGAGAAUGAUCCAGGUUGAGGUGGAUCCCAGCCAUGUCUCAACAGCGAACAGUGAAAUCCUCUCUUACAUUCAUGACUCAAUGGAGAUGGAGAAUGGAGACUACAGCAAUAUAGGUCGAUUUGGCCCAACGACCCUUCCACCAAACCCCUCCCAAAGUGCUACCCAAGAGGUGCAGGCACACUUUGUGCCAGCUACCCCUUCCACUCCGUCUCCCUGUGGGCAGAGUGUUACACCCCAGCAGAUGCAGCAGCUGCCCAGUGUGGGUGGGCUUCAAUUUCCAUCUGGAAAUGUAGAUACUAGCCUCCUCUCUGGGAUUCCGGACAGCCACUGGAUACACCUGCCUGAGGAACCCUGUCCUGACAACAACAUCGACCUUCUUGCCGGGACAUUACUUUUAAACAGGGAGCGCAAAGAUAUGACCUCACCUUUGGAGUCAGAUCAGCAGUUGCAGCUGGAGCCACACCAAGCCCAGCAACAGCCAUAUCCACAGGAAUAUGUCCAGACACAGGAAAGAACCUUUAGCCCCAAUAAACACACUUUCCUGUUGCCUGAUGUGCUUGUCGACGCUGCGGACUGCAACGUCUCCAACGUAUCACUCGCAAGCAGAUCAGCACUGACUGGCGCCAAUUUGCGGCACUACCAGAGUAUAGUGGAGCCAUACACACGGCAGGGGCAGGACUUACACAAGCAACAAGGUUGUGCUUUGGCCCCAGGCUUGUCCCAGGGUCCCCUACAGAGAUCUGCGCUGGAGUUGGAGAAGUUGGUGGCGCUGACACAACCUUCAGUCGAGGCCUAUAGUCUGUUUAGCGCCACCACACAGGAUACUUGCAGCCAGAUGGAAAAUGGCUGCCUCCUCAAGGUUGCCAACGCCACGUACAUUAGAACCUGUCUCAUGUCCAACGGUAACAGAGAGGUGGCCAGCGACGUAGCAGUCUCAUGUCCUGAUGGACUCAUGGACACCCAGAAGUCAGGAUUUAUCCUCUAACGUGGAGACUAUGCCAGCUCGUCACCAAAAUAGUGCUUUACACGGCGUCUUCACAUCGACAGCAUUUGUGCCUCUUGAGGAUUGCCGCGUUGUGCACAUGUACCGUAUGUUCCCAACACAAUCACAGCAGGUCCGUUAUGUCAGACACGAGAAAAGCAUUUUAAUUUCCCGACUGGAGACGCUACUGCCUUGUUUGCUGCUGGCUUACACAUGUACUGUACAGAAGAUGAUGCUGACAGAGUUCUUGCUCUUGGUCUUUUUGCUAAAUCAAAGGGAGGAUGGGAUUCCCCUCCAGGACUAAGAAAUAUUCCAGAGCAGGGAAUUUUCCACUGACAAUAUUCUCAUUCUGAUAUCUCUGCAUGCCUACAUGCCUACAUCUACAUGCCUCAGCAUUUAGCAACGACUCCACACUGUCAACGCACAAGUGGCUCAGAAUGUCACCAAAUUGACAUGCAUUUAUAUGUUUUGCUUCCUGGUUUUUCUCAACUUCUUUUCGUAUAUGUGACAUGUAAUGUUGUAUGAAAAAUCACUUCACAAGGCGCCUCAAACAAUAGUUGAGUGUAUUUAAAUGUGUGUUGUUGUUGUUUUACCAGCACUUCAUCCAGCAAAUAAACUGAACAUCUCAUAGUAAACAUGGUAUCCCUGCAGUCUUAAAAAGUUCACAAUUUAAAUUUAAGGUCUCCUAAAAUGACCAUUGAACAUCCAAUUUUGAUUGGUUACGGAAAUUAAAUGUAUGAAAAAGACUCUAAGACCUCAGAUGUUAUCACGGCUUCUGCCUGAAAGGAUAACAUACACUAUCGCUCAAAAGUUUGGGAUCACUUGCAAAUUUCUUUGUCUAAUGGAUUAUUAGAAAACCCAUCUAAACUAAACUAAAACAAAAAUCUCUUACCAUGCUGUUAACUACUCCCUUCAAAGAGCAGCACAAACUGGGUCUAACAAGGACACAAAAAUGAUGCACAACUGUGCAAGAAGACAAAUAUCUGAGAGUGUUUAGUUUAAGACAAAGGCGCCUCACAGGACGUCAGCAGACAGCUGCACUAAAUAGUACCCGUCAAACCCCAGUAUCAGUAUCAGCAGUGAAGCGGCGACUUCAGGAUGCUGGACUUCAUGGCAGGAUUGCCAAGAAAAAGCCAGAUCUCAGACUGGCCGAAAACAUUUCCAAGUGAUCCCAAACUUUUCAGCGGUAGUGUACAUACUGAAAGGAAUUUGGACACCAUUUGUUGAAUAUCUCAAGACUGUGAAUAGAAAUCCCCAAGAUGAUGUCUGACCAUGUGGUUCCAUGUAAAACUGUAUUUCGGAUGUACAUGUCUCUGAUGUAUAAGGAUGUCUUAGUUUAGCUUUCCUGUACAGGUAUACAUCAUACAUACAGACACGUCAAUGCACGACCAUUGUAUGUGCACGAUGAACAUUCUUCUGAAAUAUUGUCGAAGAACAUUUUGGUCUGAUGUUUCUUUCACAUGUAAAACUUCAAUAAAAGAAAUGAUUGGAAAAACAAAAUAUGAUUUUGGAAGGUCUUAAAAUUUUAGCGA